AUGGCGGACUCAUGGCCCGCAAUAUUGCUCAGAGCGUUCCUCGAGGACGAUGAUGAGCCAUCUGGGCCACCUCCUGGCACACCACCCAUGCGUUUCUCUCCUCAUGAGGCACAUGCGCACCAGGCGUUCUUUGGCUGGAUAAUGCCCACUAUUCGCACGUCGGAGUUUACUAUUUUGCAGAUUGUCGGCCUGGAUGCUGCGGUGCACAACAAAGAUUUAGAGGACGAGGAUGAUUGGCCAGGGGGUAGCAACGACUGGCCGAUAUUAUUGGGAUCUCGAUUCACACCACUCAAUCCGACUCCCGUUGAACCACCAAAGAACGGCACCGGCAGUCCCGACUGGCUCGACCUAAUCAGCGACGCCAACUCAUACCUAUCCGUGCACCUCAUGUUCACCUAUCUCUUCACCAUCCUCGCUCUUUACUUUACCUACAAGAACUACCGACGCUUCAUCCGUUCAAGACAACUGUUCUCACUGGAGUUGGUUCACUCGAUACCGGCACGCACGGUCCUGGUAACCAAUCUACCACAUCACUUGCAGAACGAGAGGACACUGGCGGAGUACUUCGAGCAUAUGGAUUUGGCGGUGGAGAGUGUCACUGUGUGUCGGGAUGUGGGAAGUCUCAAGACGUUGUUGGAUAGAAGGACUAAGGCGCUGUUGAGGCUGGAGAGGGCAUGGACGGAUUACGUCGGGAAUCCCAGCACGGUCGAGAGUUACGAUCCUGAUGGGACGUACCUUGAUGGUGAUGUGGAGAGUGGACCACCGUUGUCUGCCCAAGCGCGGUUUGUGACGCCGCAUAAACCGCGUCCGACCAUUCGACCGAGGUGGUUUGGGAGGAAGGUGGAUGCGUUGGAAUAUUUGGAGGCCGAGUUCAAAAAGGCGGACGAACUUGUCAAGGAAAGGAGAAGGAGGGGAAAGUUUAGGGCUGCAGGGAGUGCGUUUGUGACGUUUGAAAAGAUGUCGAGUGCGCAAAUUGCGGUGCAAACUGCCCAUGCACCCAACCCGUUCCAGCUCUCGACUUAUCCCGCCCCUGAACCUCGUGAUAUCGUCUGGGCAAAUAUGACCCCUUCGACCUCUUCUAUUCGUACACGGGAUUUCUUCGUUCUGGCUGUGAUGGCUCUCCUCCUGUUCUUCUGGAUUAUCCCCAUUUCGGCGUUGGCGAGUUUGCUGAGUUAUAAGGAGAUUAAGAAGGUCAUGCCCCGUCUUGGAGAGCUCAUUGAUUCGAAUGAUAGGAUACGGGCUAUUGUCCAGAAUUCGUUGCCUUCCGUUGCGAUGAUCAUGUUGAACGCGCUUUUGCCGUUUAUUUUGGAGGGUGUGUGGCUUGAUUUCGAUGUUGGAGAAUGGGGUGCUUAUCUGUGGAUUAGCUUUGACUUAUCUUCAGGGGUAUCGGGCGAGGAGUUGGGUCGAAUAUUCCUUGUUGAAAAAGUACGCACUGAUUUCUCGCUUUUUGCGCUGAUGCUUACCCGCCAUAGAUACUUCCUCUUCCUCCUGCUCUCCGUCAUCUUCAUCUUCCUUGUCGCCACGACCUAUUGGCAGCUUGUGCGUGACCUUGCGAACUCGCCUGCGAAGGUACCCGAGAAGCUCGCUCAGGCCUUGCAAGCUGGACGAGCGAGGCAUUUCUUCUUGUCCUAUGUCAUUCUUCAGGGUCAGUGGGCCUCUCUCCAGUUUUCGGCGGAGACUAAAUUCGGUCUUCUUAGGCUUGGGUAUCAUGCCCCUUCAAUUGCUCAAUUUGGGUGUGAUCAUUCCCCGAGCGUUUUCGUUAAUGUUCUUUACGAGGACGCCGAGAGGUGGGUCCGUUCUAGCCGUGCACUGGAAUUGAAACCUGAUCAAGCUCUAGACUUCGCUGAACUGAACGCGCCACCGAUGGUCAACUACGGCGUCGUUUACCCUCAAGCCAUCUUGAUGUUCGUCAUUACGCUCUUGUACAGCGUCGUCCAACCCUUGAUCGUCAUCUUCGGAGCGAUCUACUUUGGAGUGGCGUAUGUGGUAUACAAGUACAAGUUGCUAUUUGUCUUCUACAAACCCUACGAGUCCCAAGGACAAGCCUGGCCCAUCACCUUUAUCCGACUCGUCUGGGGUAUCAUCAUCUACCUCCUCUUCAUGAUUGGUAUCUUCACUUUGAGGAAGUCGUGGAUCCUUUCGUCGCUUUUGGUGCCGCUCUUGGUCGGUACUGUAGCGUGGAGUUGGUAUGUUGAUGCGGAGUUGAAGCCGUUGAGCAAGUAUGUUAGCUUGAGCUCGGUGUUUGAGGUGCAGAGGGGGGAGGAGAGUGAGCACGUUGUGAGGUUGAGAGCGGGGCAUCCUGUUACUUGGAGUCAGAGUAAUUUGAAUAGGAGGCGGUAUGCGCAGAAUGAUGAUACUCUGUAUGUUGCUCCGGAGGAUGAGCGGACGGAUUAUUCUCAGCCGCCGAUGGCGAAUUGGUAUAGCGGAGUUCUCAACACCGGAAAGCGACGCUAUGGACAUCCAGCUUUGAAUGGCGUCCUUCCUGAACCUUGGCUCCCUCUCAAGAAGGGACAGAGUUUGGUUAACCACCUUCGUACGAAUGGCCGGGUAAACAACGACGAUGGUCAAGGGCAGGCUGUUGUUCUGACGCUCAGGAAGAGAACGAGUAAAGUGCGCCGGGCAUCACGACCGCCGGAUAAUCGGGGCUCUACAUCCGCUGUUGCGUCUCCCACCGCAGACCCGUCUGCUGACGGCCAUCCACACGACCACGAUCCCAGUUUGAACCCAUGGCAAGAUACGACGCCGCGCUCGACACCACAUCGGACGCUGAGCCAUCGAUUAAGCUUUGAUCAUGCCACGGGUGUAAUCAUGCUUCCCGACGAGGACGAGUGGGAGGAUGAGGAGAGUGAUAGCGAGGAUUAUGGGACGAAUGGGCUGGAGAGGAGUGUUACGGAGAGUAUGUUGAGUGAGGGUGUUAGUGAGGGUGUUGGGGGUGGUGCGACGCCUGGGGGGAGUACAUUGACGGAUAGUACGCCGUUGAGGGGGACGAGGCAGUCGAGGUAUGGGACGUAUUUCCAUCAUCCGGAGAGGAUGAGGCAGACUAUUCCGGGAUACAUUAUCAACUCCCCGAUUCAAAAUCCCAUUGACAACCGAUCCGGUCGCGAUCCAAGCUACAAAUCGUGGGAGUCUCUGUACGGCUACCAGUUGUAA